ACGAACGAAGCUGUCAGCUCGCAGCUGAUGGCCAACCAAAAGUCAACUGUUAACCAUACCAUAUGGAAAAUAUAAUGAAUUCUGAUAUUUAUAAAUGAAAUAAUAUACAAAACUAGUUUCUGAAUUCCUGAAAUAUGAACGAACAAAACAUACCAAUUGAUAUCAACACAACAAAACUAUUGGAAUGGCUAAUAAGCAGAAGGCAUGUGAGUAAAGAUUGGCAAAACAAUGUUCUGAAAGUAAGGGAGAAGAUAAACAAUGCAAUACAGGAUAUGCCAGCUCAUGAAGGCAUUAUAAAUUUGCUCUCUGGUCAACACAUCCAUUAUUUUCACUGCCUGAAAAUUGUCGAGAUACUAAAAGAAACAGAAGCAGACACAAAAAAUCUGUUUGGGAGGUAUGGCUCACAGCGCAUGAAGGACUGGCAGGAUAUUAUAUCACUAUAUCAAAAAGACUCUCUUUAUUUGGCAGAAGUAGCUCAAAUGCUCAUUCGAAAUGUCAGUUUUGAAAUACCAAGCUUGAGAAAGCAAAUUACAAAAUUAGAGCAAAGUCAAACAGAAUGUGAGAAAAAAAUAAAGGAUUAUUCAAAAAUAGAGGCAAUUGCCCUGAAAGAGUUCAACUCCUCUUGUGAACAACUGGGUAUUGCUGGAAAAAAUAUCAGAAUGGAACUUGUUGGACUGUUGAAAGAGCUACCUAAAAUCUAUGAAGCAACUCCUGAAAAAAUCAAAAUAGUUUUGCCAGCUAUAGAAUUAUAUUCAGAAUUCAAUAAAUAUUUAUCAGGAAAAAAUGCUGAUCUUCAGGUUCUACCUACUUUAGAAUAUCUUGUCAGACAUGGAAAUACCACUACUUAUGAAUACACUUAUGGAGAAAAACCUGUUCAGAUUGAAGAACCCAUAUCCACCUUAUCUGAUGAUGAAAAGGAUAGUAACAAAAUAGAUUUUGGGGACAUAGAUUUUGCAGAGAAUACUGAUAAUGGAGCUGAAAUAGAUUUUGACAUCAACACAGACAAUGGUAGUAGCAUUGAUUUUGGAGAAGUAACACCAGAAGAACAGAACAUUGAUUGGGGCUCUAGUGGUGAAGAAGGUUUCGAAAUAGUCUCACACAAAGAUGUAGCAGUUAACCUAGAAGAGUCUGGAAUAGUUGUGGAACGAACUGGCAUAGAUGGUGGAUUAGCCAAAGGGGAUGAGGCCCUAACUAUCCUGGAUAAUCCCAAAACUCAAGAGCAAAUAAUUAACAACCUGAUGGAACUGGGGGCCUUUUUGAAAAUGAGACUAUAUGAAAUGUCCAAUGAUUCAAACAUGAUUGCUAUGUCCCAGAUGCAGGAGGCACCAGCUAUCCUUCAAAUGCAAACUGUGGAAUCUAUCACAGCCCUAAAUGAUUGCAUUAAUGUUGCCCUUGAUCAUUUGACUAACAAGAGGAUCCAGCACUUGCACAACAUCAAGCAUUCUCCAAAAUAUGUUGAUAUUUUGACUGCUACACUCAAGCAAAAAUUAUCAGUGAUUGAGAAGAUGAAAGCCAACAAAGUUAGGCUAGAGGAAAAAAUUAAAAUUUUGAGGGAAGAAGCUAGAAAUAUAGAUCCAGUCAUUAAAGUUUUGAUUGAGAAAACCAAACAGCUUCAGAAGGAAAUACAGGGGGACAUCUCUAGGAAGUAUCAGGGAUCGCAGUAUACUGGGUUAAGGCUGUCGCUCAUGCUGACUAGCGCGAGAAGUGCGUCCCAUGAAGGUCUACGUCUGUAUUACCAAAAAUCAGUUCUCUGGUUUUAAAAAUGACUGGAAUGCAGGUGUGUCUGACUUUCAUUAUCUUAAGUGUCUCAUAGUGUAUAUAGAAAUUAGAAACAAAACUAAACUUGGACAAACAAACCACAACUCAAAUCAG